UUGACAAGACUGUACAUCCUCGAGGAAGCUCUGUAAACUUUUUGCCUGCGAGAAAAAGGAGAGCCUUGGUUUCUGAAUUUUCUGGAACUUGAGUUGAACAGCCGAAGGCGGGAUUGAUGGAGUCCCGACCGGCGGACAACCUACGUAUUCAAGCGAGUCUGAUGCUGAUGCCGGUGGAGAAAGGAAAGGUUGAGGACUUGAGGUUGACCGUCACACCAGAUGUUGGGCGCUUACAAGCCGGCCCCGAUUCCGGCCCCAGUCAUCAGCCAACCAACAUUUGUUCCUGGGGAAAGAACCUUUUGAGGAGAAGGCGGGGUCGAGGCCGCAGCGCCAGGGAGCUGCGAUUCACCCUCCUUGGAGACCACCACCUCGCGGGAGGCAGCAUUGAACAGCAGGUUGGGAAAUUUUCUUGCAUUGCAGUGGGCUACGGAACAAGCCUGUCGCAACCCAAUUCUGUUGCAAAUAACUCUGCUGCAUUUCCCCGCUUUUCUUCUCCCCAAUUCCCACUCAAUCUCAAGUUGACAGCCCUCAAAAGUUGAAGCAGCCAACCCCAGCGACCCGGGGCAACGUGGAACGGAUGUCCUAGCAUGACGCCUCAAUUUGCU